CUUUUUUGACAAAUUUUUUUCUAUCUGAGUCGCCUCUUCAUUCCGAGGCUGACUAUGAAAUUAUUUUUUCUGAUUCCGACCAGAUUCGAUCGCCGAUUUAGGGUUCCGGCUAUUUUCAGUCUGUUUCUGGCAAUUUUUUUUCGAGAUUGAAUUUUUUGACGAUCAUAUCUCAAUUAUCAAGAUUUUUUUUGUUCCCGAGACAAAUUUAGCAUAAUAUCUUUUGGAUGUGAUGUUUUUGGUUCUAAAAAUAUAGGGAUUUGAAAUUCUAGCCCUACAAUCACUUCAGAACUUCUAUUGGGAAGUUCAGAUUUAUCUUGGGCUUCGUCAGUUGAAUUGUGGUGCAAGGGUCAAGGUGUGCACGAUCACUUAACGAACAAGACUUAUGUGGUAGAUGUAAAGGCAAAGACUAGUGAGGAAGAUGCAAAGUCAAAGCACAUUGGGAGAAAGUAGAUGCUCAAUUAUGUAGUCUGUCUGCUAUGGCAUUCGAUUGAUUCCAAAUUGAUUCCCUUGUUUCGCCCAUUCCAAACGUGUUAUACAGUUUGGGAAAAGGCGCGUGCUGUAUACACUAAUGACAUCUCUCAAUUCUAUGAUGUGAUAUCUCGAUUGACCAACUUAAAGAAACAAGAAUUCGAUAUGUCUACUUACUUGGGACAGGUACAGACAGUCAUGGAGGAAUUCGACACGUUGAUGCCAGUAACUACGGAUGUGGAAAAACAACAAGAACAUAGACAAACAUUGUUUCUAGUUCUUACUCUUGCUGGACUUCCUCCUAAUAAUGAUUCUGUGCGUGAUCAGAUUUUAGCUAGCCCUACAGUUCUUACAAUCGAUGAAUUAUUCUCUCGCCUCCUUCGUCUUGCGGCACCUCUUAGUCACAAAGUUGUUUCAUCAUCCAUUAUUGACUCCUCUAUUAUCGGAUCUCAAACCUUUGAAAAGCGUACAUAUCAGUCUACGUAGAAUCGGCGAGGGGGAGGACAUUUUGGGAAACCUCGAUCCAAGUGUAGUCAUUGUCAUAAGUCUGGACACACUCGUGACAUAUGUCAUAUUUUGCAUGGUCCACCACCCAGUUAUGAUCCUCUUGUUCUAAAGGAAUAUAAUGAGUUCCUUCGAAAUCGCGCAAGUAAACAGUCAUCUCCACUUGUAGCAUAUGGUGCUCAACCUAAUCAACCAUCCAAUAAUGCUCAUAUUGCUCAGAUAGAAUAUGAUGAGUUCCUUCAGUAUCGUGCAAAUAAGCAAACGUCUCCACAAGUAGUUUCGAUUGCACAACCUGAUGUGUCUGUAACGGGUAAUUUUUUUGCUUUCGUGUCGCAAUCUAGUACUGUUGGAACAUGGGCCGUGGACUUUGGGGCUUCUGAUCAUAUUUCUGGUAAUAAAUCACUUUUAUCCGAUAUUAUUUAUUCGCAAUCUCUUCCAGCUAUUACUUUAGCCAAUGGAAUCCAGACAAAACCAAAAGGGGUUUGAAAAGCUAAACCCCUAUCUUCUGUCACCCUAGACUCUGUUCUUUAUGUUCCUGGUUCUCCUUUUAAUCUAGCAUUUUUUAGUCGUUUGACGAAAUC